AUGUCCGCCAAAACAGAAUCAGCCAUCUACACCCACGGCCACCACGCCUCAGUCGUCCGCUCCCACAGCUGGCGCACAGCCCAAAACUCCAUCGCCUUUCUCCUGCCUCAUUUGAAGCCAGACAUGAAAAUCCUCGACAUCGGCUGCGGACCCGGCACCAUCACCGUUGACGUUGCAUCCCUUAUUCCACAGGGUCAUAUCACCGGCCUUGAGCGCGCGGGCAGUAUCCUAACACAAGCGCGCGCCAACGCAGAAGCCAAAGGCGUGACGAAUAUUGAUUUCGUCGAGGGUGACGCGAAUGCACUCUCUUACGCUGAUAACACUUUCGACGUGGUCUAUUGUCAUCAAGUCCUCCAGCACGUCGGUGAUCCGAUCGGCAUGCUGUCUGAAAUGAAACGCGUCGUUAAAAAGGGCGGUAUCGUUGCAGCCCGGGAAGCUGAUUAUGGUGUUUUCGUUUGGUAUCCUGAACUGCCCGGACUGAAGGAGUGGCAGGAUAUGUAUGAUCGUAUUGCGAGGCGGAAUGGAGGCGAGCCGAAUGCGGGACGGAUGUUGCAUGCUUGGGCUAGGAAGGCGGGUUUUGGCGAUGUGAGGUGUAGUUGUACGAUGUGGUGUUAUGCUAGUGAGGAGGAUGUUACUUGGUGGAGUGAGUCAUGGGUUGAGAGGGCUGUGUCUUCGUCGUUUGCCACGACGGCUAUUGAGCAUGGGAUUGCGGGGAGGGAGGAUCUGGAGAGAAUUUCGAGGGCUUGGAGGGAGUGGGGGGAGGAUCAGGAUGCGUGGAUUUCUAUUCCGAGUGCGGAGAUUCUGUGUGUUAAGGAGUAG